GAAGCUUGGGAGGAAGGCAAAACUGUAGGAGAACCAGCAGUCUCAUUUAGCCUGCCCCCCAAGAUCUCUCAGGCACUGGAAUAUUAAUCAGGAAGCAUACACCAGCUUAUAUGAGGCCCCCAACACAUAUCCAGCACAGAAUACUGAAUCUUGUUUCAGUCAGAGAAGAUGCACAUAACCCUCCAUGGCCUGGAGGUCUCCGGCAAUGGGCUCACCAACAACUUGAAAGAUGGCAAAUCAAUAUAAGAGAAUUGUUCUGUACAAAGGACUCACACCCAUCAAUGAUGAUCAUUUUCGCUUAUUUAAGUCAUUGAUGGCCAGUGAUUUAAGACUGGAGAGAAGCAUGCAAGAGCAAUACACUAGGGUUCAGAUUGCUGACAUGAUGGAAGAGGAAUUCCCAGAUGACGCUGGAUUGAGCAAACUCAUCAAGUUUUGUGAAGACUUACAAGCUCUUAGAAGACAUGCUGGAAUUCUUAAAAAAGAGAGAUCAGAAGCAAUAGGAGAAACAUCACUGGAAAUAAAUAGGCAAGAAGCAGUUCCUGCAAGAGCUACAUCAACUACAAAACACAUGAACAAGUCUCUUUUACAAUCCGAAAGAGGGGAGACUUCCAAAACUCAGGCAAUGACUUUUACAGCUCAGGAGGAGUCUGCUACAGCCCAGAAAAAGAGAAAACAAAUCACAAAAACUGAAGGUGGAAAGAAAAACAAGCUCGAGGAGCAGGCUCAGCUUCCAGAAACGUCAGGAACCAAUACAAAAAGAGAUGAAGAUUGCGUCCAGACUCCUCUUAAGCCUCCACCAACACCACCCAGCAGUUCCUCAAACAAGGUUCCUGUGGCAACUCCAUCAUCAGUACCCAACAGUCUUACAGUUCCUCCGGUAUCUAUGUCAAUUGAGAUAAGCAGAGGCAAGACUACUCAAAUUCAUCCAGGAACAGGAUCCAUCUGUGUCCAGGCUCUUCAUGUUCCUCCAUCAACAGUGUCAAGAAGUGUGUGCUCUACUCAAUUGACACAAGGAGCAGCAUCCUGUACCAGGAAGGACCUUUCCCUUCCUAAAGUAACAUCAUCCAGGAAUGUCCAAGCAUCCCAGUUGUCUUCAGCUACAGCAUCCAGCAGUAUCCUAGUUCCAUAUGCCAUUUCAUCAACAGCAUCCAGCAGUCUCCUGGCUCCACAUGCAACUCCUUCAACAGCAACCAUCAAUCUGGCUCUACAGUUGUCUCCAGCAACAGCAUCUAGGGCUCUCCAUGCUGCUUCAGGGCUUUCAGCAACAGUAUACAGCAGUCCAACCAGGACACCAAGAAAAGAAAUUGUACCAACAGAGCCUACUAAGGAAGAAGGUCACCAGAAGGGUCCCAAACAAGUGAUGGUGUUGAAAGUAACAGAACCAUUUACAUAUGACAUGAAAGAAGAUAAAAGGAUGUUUCAUGCUACAGUGGCUACUGAAACUGAAUUCUUCAGAGUGAAGGUUUUUGACACAGCUCUAAAGAGCAAGUUCAUCCCAGGAAAGAUCAUUGCCAUAUCAAAUUAUUUUGGGUGCCAUGGGUUUCUGGAGAUAUACAGAGCUUCCUGUGUGUCUGAUGUGGAUGAUAACGGAACAAUGGUUAUCUCAAAGACACUGAGGCAAAGAGCAAAUGCAACUCCGAGAAUUUUUUAUCUUUUCUCACUACCUAAGGGGACAUUUGUGAAUGGAGAGUUUGUAGUAUUUAGGAAAACUGAAAGGAAUAACUGCAUUUACUAUGGAAUUAAAGAUGAUACUGCGAAAAUUGUAGUAGUAGUUAAUGGACGACUCACCAAUAUUAGGUGUGAACCAGGCAGUAAACUUAGACUUGUCUGCUUUGAACUGACUUCAACCAAAGAUAACUGGCAGCUGAGGUCUGUAAGUCACAGUUACAUGCAGGUCAUCAGUGGUAGAAUGUAAAGGAACGCCACUCAACCGGACUCAGUUAGGAAAACCUCUCUGGAACCAUACUUCUGAAAACCUGGAUACCAAUGAUACUGUUUGCGGAGAUAAGAUUCAAGUACAGAAAAUAAAUGUGCAUAUGGUCUGUUGAAAUACUGGCCCUAUAAAAAUCAGCUCUAAAUUCUAGGAAAUUGUGCUUUAUUAUAUUCUUUAUACGUUUUCUAUUAUCUAAAUUUCAUAUGUUGUCUCUAUAACUUCUAUAAUUGUGGAUUUGCAAUUUUAAUACCUAAGACUUAAAAAAAAAAUCACACAUUUUCUGUAAAGCAGUAUGCCUUUGGGAAAAUCUUUUAACCAUUUGAGAAUUGCUUUAAAAUAGUUAGUGGCCCUCAGAUAAAGCUGGAGAAUACAGGCUUCGGAUGUGAUGUAGGGACAAAGCAUGCUCAGGAACAAAUAGUCUGUGUGUUUUCUGUCCAUGAAAGUCAAGGUAUCAAUAAGAUGCAGGGGAAGGUUGACCUCAGCCUUAAGUAUAGUUUCCAAAAAUAAUAUGCUGAGGACAGGAUCAAGUCUUUACUUGGUGUGAGUAAUAUGAGUGCAUUAUAGGGUGUAGUUAUUUGAAAACAGGUCCUCAAAAUGAGGCAUUUAGAGUGGUACAUACUAUUUUCAACAGUAAGGAAUCCCAUUUUCAAUUCCAGAGUGAAAUAAAGUAAAAUCACUGGAAACCUUUAAAGCAAAAUGAAGAAGGCUUAUGAUAAAUUAAAGCAAAGGAAUUAAGAAAUUAGUAUUCCCAGAGAGGCCUCUCUAGAGUCCUGCUCACUUCUCUCACUGCUGUGAAGUCUUACUUGAUAAAGCAACUGAAGGAUCAGUAGGUUUGUUUUGGCCCAGGGUUUAAUGGCAAAGAAGGAGGAGAUGGAGGGCCACGCUCCUGCAGCAAGAGGAAGCAAAGAGAAAUGAGUUCUAGAGUAGAUCUCUCUCUGUGUCUAUCUCUGUCUCUCUGUCUCUCUCUGUCUCUGUGUGUGUGUCUGUGUGUCUUUCUCUCUCUCUGUCUGUCUCUCUGUCUCUCUGUGUGUGUCAGUGCAUCUGUGUGUGUAUGUGUGUCCUCUAUUUCUCUGUGUGUGUGUGUCUGUGUGUCUCUGUCUUCUGUCUCUGUCUCUAUGUCCUUCUGUCUCUGUGUGUGUGUGUCUUUCUAUGUGUGUGUCUCUCUUUCUUUCUCUGUCUCUAUGUCUGUCUCUAUGUUCAUCUGUCUCUGUGUAUCUCUGUGUGUGUGUAUCUUUCUCUGUCUCUAUGUCUGUCUCUCUCUCUGUCUUUCUCUCUCUCUCUGUAUCUUUCUGUCUCUGUCUCUCUAUCUCUGUCUCUCGGUCUCUGUGUGUAUUUCUCUGUCUCUCUGUCUCUCUGUGUGUGUGUGUGUGUUUCUCUCUCCUCUCUCUCUCUCUCUCUCUCUCUCUCUCUCUCUCUCUCUCUCUCUCUCUCUCUCUCACACACACACACACACACACACACACACACACAUUACAGACCUGACCUGAACCUAUUCAAUGAUACCACCCACAUUUAAGAUGAGUGUUAGCAAAUUCCUUACCACAGUCUAGAAACCUCCUCUAGCACAUGGAAAAAGGAUUCCAAGAUCCUGUCAUGUUUACAAUCAACAUUCACAGUCACACAGGGUGAUUGUGUGAAAUGGAGGUAAGAACAUAUAUAGGUGUUUUGACAGCAGAAAUAUAGGCAGGAAGAGGCAAGAGCUAAUGAUGACUGCCUCUCUAAUCUUGUAAAUUCAUGUCUUAUCCCUCUAUAUCUAUUCCAUUCUAAUGAUAUUGGAAUUUUGAGCUUAAUUGGAUGUGUUUAAAUCACAGUCUCUUCUUACCAAUAGAUUAAUGUCACUGGAAAGCAUUUGUGGAAGGAAAUUCUGUAUGGUUUUAUUAUUUCUUUGCUUUUCAAGCAUGCACAUGUAAGAAAGACUAUUGUUUAGUACCUUGAAACUCCACUUUUCUUGUACUAUAACCACAAUGCACUUUUCAACAACAGAUCUGUAUCCACAUCUAGUGUGUACAUACAACAUUCUUCAAACAAUACACCUGAAUUGGCAAAGUGGACAUCCACAUAUAACAGAUUGUAAAUAUAAAUGCUGUGAACCUUGAAAAUGAUUGCUAUCCUUAGAAAUAUCUUCAUUAAAACCUUAUUUAUAGUCAAAUACGUGACUGAACCUUAUUGAUACCAUGAAAGAUAGCCUUAUACAGCCUAGCCUAGUUUGCAUAAAUGUACAUCCAGACAAACUAUGUCUCUAAAAUGACCUUUUAUGAUGGUUAUUCUGUUUACCACCUCCUUCCUAUGUAUCCUUGAGUGUAUAUCAUCAGAAUAAACUGCUCUGUGAAAAGUAACAUGCACGAGGAGUAAAUCCCUACCUAAUCUGAGCCCAUCAGUUGAAAUACUCACUUGUGUUAUAUACCUUCAGCAAAAUAACUCCUCCUCUUGGACUCCAUGAAAGAAACUCUAAGAAAAACCUGGGGCACAUGAAUAGCCUUAUUUAUAUGUUCCAAAUUGAUCCUUAAAAUAUUGCUUUCUGAUCUGCACUGUCAUUUUGCUUUGAAUAAAGUUUCACUGCUUUUAUAAAAGCCUGUGUGAGCCUUUACACCAAACAUUUGAAUAAAAGGGCAAGAUUUUGGAAACUUCGGGCUUAGCCCCUGACCAUUAUCAUAAUCAUAACAGAGAUACAGAAAGAAAGAAAGAAAGAAAAACUUCAUCAAAUAGCAAAGAUUAGGUCUUGGAUUCCCAAACUUCCAGAAAUGUCAGUAAUGCAUUUUUGCUCCUUAUAUAACACUUUAUCUGUAGGGAUCUGAUACAAAACAAAACAGGCUAAGACAGAAUGAAAGAGUGUUUUCCAUAAUAAUCCGACACAGAGAAAUCUAUCUUACAUAAACCUAAAAUUUCAAUAUAGAUUGAUCAAUAGAUAGAUAGAUAGAUAGAUAGAUAGAUAUACAUAUAUAUACAGAUAUAUAGAUAGAGAUGUAUAGAUAUAAUCUACAAAUGCUAUGCACUGAAGUCAAGAGUGGCAGUGUCAAAUCUAACUAUAUGCAUUAUGGAACAAUAUGCCUGGGGAGAUGUGAAUAAAUGUCUAUGCAAUCCUGGCCAAAGUUCAGAUACAACCAAAGUCCAAUUUGGUGAAACAUUAGGAUUUAUUUUUACUGUGGUUCUUAUAAGAAUGUUGAUGAACACUACACUACAAUGCGGCCCAAGGGUGGUUUCUUCUUCUUUAAGCUGGGGAAUUCUGGACUCUAUUGUUUGUCUGUUGCCUGUUUCCUUUCUUUUCAUGCUUUCUUCCCAGCAAUAACUUAUAUGAACCAAGGUGUUUUGGAUAUUCUACAUUUCUAUACAUAUCUCCUUUCCUCCUUUUCCCUUCCUUCUCCUUUUCCUUCUCCAAGCCCCACCACCAUCUUUAAUUUUUCUUUUAAUUUUGUAAUGUCUCCAAAGAGUUCUUCCCUGGUAGGAGAGUGAAAAUUUCCAGAGUCUGUUUCAAAGAUGCCAGUUCUACUAACUCAUGGAAAGCUUGAAAAAGGAGCAUUCUUCAGGGUAGUGUCUUAACAGACUAGUACUGUAGCUCAAACAUCAUCGCUCUUCUCCAAAACUCAUGCUGAAACUUCCUAAUGGGAUAGAGUUGAGCUAUGGUUUGGCAUUAAAGAGUUGAGAAUCACUGAGAGGUCUCGAAGCCUUCACAUCAGAAGCACACGGGUGUUUGCAAGAUGAGCAGUGCCUAUGCAACACAGCUACAAUUUAUGGUUUUAGAUGCCAUUUUCAUAUCUGUGAUAUGCUUUGAUCAUACUCACACCCCUUACCUCUCUCGUCCCCCUCCUUCCUAUUGAUCUCCUUUUCUCUCUUGUAAACUUCUCUGAAUACUUUCAUGUCUUAAAAAACAAACAUGUAAACCUCUAUAUUCUACAUAGGAGAGAAACUGUGAUAUUUUCUACCCCCUUUUCUACAAAUGAUGUCAUUUCAUCCUUCUGUAUGGCUGAAUAAA